AUGAGAUUUGCCACUACCCAACUUGUUUCACUCGCUUUCUACCUAGUUUCGAUCGAAGCUACUUACGCCAUUAGUGGCCUUUUUGACUGUAUUCCAAAAACCGAAGUUCCCGUUUGUCCAACCUUGGAUCUCUAUACUGACACAUCUGUUAGUGUUGGCUCCAAGAGAGAAGACCAAUUUGAAGAUGAUUUGGAGAAGAGAACCUUUUUAAAUGCUGGUCUCAACCUUGGUGCCAGUGUUGGUUCUAGUGCUGGUAUCAACGCAGCCUUUGUCGUUACCGGUGCUAAGAAAUUACCUGAUGGUAACUAUGGUAUCACUUGUAACUUCAAGUCUCACUCUGCCAAAAACUUGAAGCUGUCUUUUGCAUCAAAAAUUCAAAAUUUGAAAAUUGUUGGUACUGGUUGUGGUGAUGUUCCAUUAUAUGGUAAAGGUUGCACCAAAUAUGUUGCCAACCCAUUUGACUGGUCUGCUUCCUUCAAAGUAAAACCACAAGUCAUUAAUGGAAAAUGUUGUCUUCCAGCUGAUUUCCAAAUUGUCACUGACUUUAAGAGCAAUUGUCUUCAAUUAGAUGCCAUUAAGCAAAUCUUUGGUGGUGAUAAAUUAAUUUACAAACUUAACACUAUCGGCAGUGCCAUGGAAACUUUUGAUUCAAACCUUUUGUUCAAAUCACAAUGUGACUUUUUUGGUAUCAAGAGAGACUUGGAAAAUAUUGAACAAUAUGACAAUGUCGGUAUUACUCACAGUAAGAGAACUUUGGGUGUUUUCUUGGAUUUGUUGAAAUCUGUCUCAGGUGGUGGUGGUUGUAAUACCAUUAACCAAUUCUGUUGGGAUUGUGACUGUGAUACUACUACUCCAACUACUUCAUCCACUGCUGUUUGUACUGAAUGUGAAGGUACUACCUCUACUGGCACUUCCUCGAUUCUUUCAUCAUCCAGUACUGGUCAAUCAACUACAUGCACUACCAAGAAAACCACUCCUGUUACUACUGAAGAAACCACUCCUGUUACUACUGAAGAAACCACUCCUGUUAUAUAUGAAGAAACCACUUCUGCCACUACUGAAGAAACUACUCCUGCCACUACUGAAGAAACUACUCCUGCCACUACCAAGGAAACCACUCCUGUUACUACCGAGGAAACUACACCUGUUACUACCAAGGAAACCACUCCAGCUACUACCGAAGAAACUGAAGAAACCACUCCAGCUACUACUGAAGAAACUACUCCAGCCACCACUGAAGAGACUACCAAGGAAACUACCAAAGAAACUACUCCAGCUACCACUGAGGAAACUGAAGAAAUCACUCCAGCCACUACUGAAGAAACUGAAGAAACUACCAAGGAAACUACUCCAGCUACCACUGAGGAAACUGAAGAAACCACUCCAGCUACUACUGAAGAAACUACCAAGGAAACUACCAAGGAAACUACCAAGGAAACUACCAAGGAAACCACUGAAGAAACUGAAGAAACUACUCCAGCCACUACUGAAGAAACUGAGCAAUCUUCUUCAAUUGCUUCUACUACUGCUCCAGCACCAGAAGAAUCUAGUCCAGCUGAAGAAACUCCAGAAGAAUCCAGUCCAGCUGAAGAAUCUCCAGAAGAAUCCAGUCCAGCUGAAGAAUCUCCAGAAGAAUCCAGUCCAGCUGAAGAAUCUCCAGAAGAAUCCAGUCCAGCUGAAGAAACUCCAGAAGAAUCCUCUCAAUCUGAAGAAACCACUGUUCCAUUAUCAACUCAAACUGAACACUCAACUACUAUCCUUACUGUUACUUCUUGCUCCAGUGAUGUUUGUACUGAAACUUCAAUUACAACUGGUGUCACUGUUGUUACUUCUGCUGAAACUAUUUACACUACCUACUGUCCAUUGACUGAAGAAUCUACUUCUUCUACUGACAAAUCUCCUGAAGAAACUACUCCAGCUACUACUGAAGAAACUGAACAAUCUUCCUCAAUUGCAUCUACUACUGCUCCAGCUCCAGAAGAAUCCAGUCCAGCUGAAGAAACUCCAGAAGAAUCCAGUCCAGCUGAAGAAUCUCCAGAAGAAUCCAGUCCAGCUGAAGAAACCACUGUUCCAUUAUCAACUCAAACUGAACACUCAACUACUAUCCUUACUGUUACUUCUUGCUCCAAUGAUGUUUGUACUGAAACUUCAAUUACAACUGGUGUCACUGUUGUUACUUCUGCUGAAACUAUUUACACUACCUACUGUCCAUUGACUGAAGAAUCUACUACUUCUGUUGAAGAAACUUCUGAAGAAACUACCUCAGCUAAAUCAUCUUCUGUUGCAUCAACUACUGCUCCAGCUCCAAGUGAAGAAGAAACCACAUCAUCCGCUCAAGGCGAAGAAGAAACUACUCCAGCUGCUCCAGCUCCAGAAGAAACUACUACAUCAAAAGAAUCUUCUUCAAUUGCUUCAACCACUGCUCCAGCCCCUGAAGAAACCACACCAGCUGCUCCAGCUCCAGAAGAAACCACACCAGCUGCUCCAGCCCCAGAAGAAACCACACCAGCUGCUCCAGCCCCAGAAGAAACCACACCAGCCACUACUUGUGAAGGUGAAGGUUGUGAAGUAUUUGUUAUUUCUACAUCUACCACUAUUGGUACUAGUACCGUCGUCCCAGUGACUGAAGGGCACAUUCCAACUACAGUUGAAUCAGUCUCUGUUACUCCUGUUGCAAGCCCAGCGGAACCUUCAUCCAUUGAUUUAAUCACUAAUUUUGAAGGUGCUGGUAACAAUAUGAGAUUAUCAUUUGGUGCUGCUAUUGUUGGUCUUGCAGCUUUCUUGAUUUAA